AUGGCCUCAACUAUCAGCCAGAUCCUCCCUCUCCUCAUCUUCUUCGCCAUCAUCGGCGCUGGAGGCUGGGUGGGUUACCAGAUCUACCUCAGUGCGGCCAAGAUCCAGGAGACCGCCUCCGAGCGCAUCGCCAAGAAGAACGUCGUCUUCACCAAGGACGGCAUGCGCGUCGGCGUCAAGCAGAUGAAGAACGAGAACUACGUCGACGCUACGCAGAGUUGGGUUGUCAAGGCCUGGAAUCUCGGCACCGCAACUGAUGACGACAAGCAGAAAGACAGCAAGAAGCGCAAGUGA